AAACCUCCUACUCCCGUUUAUCACAUCUUACCUGCGAUGCUUGCAACCAGGGCAUCGACACGCAACGUUCAACGCAUAGCGCGUUCAUUCGCUACUGUUGUCGACAGUGCCGGUGUCAAGGUCGCUGCAGUCGACCUUAACCAGCCCACGUCCUCGGUGACUUUCCUCGUCAAGGCUGGUAGCCGGUUUGAACCAAAAGCUGGCGUUGCACAUGGAUUGAAGAACUUUGCUUUCAAGAGCACCGCUAAGCGUUCCGCUUUGGGUACUGUUCGAGAGAGUGAACUUUACGGAGGCGUUUUGUCUACGAACUUGUCGAGAGAAUAUCUUGCUCUGACAGCAGAUUUCUUAAGAGGCGAUGAAGAAUAUUUCGUCGACGUCCUCUCUUCCUUCAUCACCUCUGCCCGUUUCACCCGCCACGAAUACGAUGAAUACGUAAAACCAAUCAUCGAGAGCGAGAUACAUACCAACCUCUCCGACCCUGCCGUUCGCGCUCUCGAGCUCGCUCAUGCCUUGGCUUUCCGGAACGGUCUUGGUUCCUCCCUCUUCGCUUCGGAACACCCCUCAUUAACUGUUGAAGACAUCAAAGCGUUCUCCCAAUCUGCUUUCACCAAAGGCAAUAUUGCCGUGUUGGGCUCCGGAAUUUCUCAGGAAGUUCUCACGAAACUCGUCGACCAGUCUUUGAGCAAGCUGUCUUCCUCUGCCUCGUCCUCUUCAACUCCUUCCUCAUACUUUGGUGGGGAGACUCGCAUUCCAUCACAUGGUCUUCAGACGAUAUUUGUCGGUUUUGGUGCUGCGGGUACACCGUCCGCCGAGCUGGCUGCACUUUCAGCAUAUGUAUCCCCCACUCCCUCCGUCAAAUGGUCGCAAGGUCUAUCCCCCAUUGCUCCAUCCAUUGCCCCAGGCACUUCUGUGCAAAACAUUUACAUUCCUUAUUCCGAUGCCACUCUCGUCGGUUUCUUGAUCCAGGGACAUGAAAGUGCCUCUGUAAAGGCAGCAGGUAAAGCUGCUGUCAGUGCUUUGAAGACAGCAUCGGCAGGAUUGAAGGGUGAUGAUUUGAAGAAGGCUGUUGCCAAGGCCAAGUUUACCGCCGCUUCCGCCAUUGAAAACCGAGAAGGAAUGAUCUCCAUGCUUGGUCCUAAAGUUCUCGCUGGAUCGCAAGCAUCGGGUGAGGCUAAUCUCAGCCCCUUCGACAAGGUUUCGGAGAGUGCGUUUGCAAAGGCUGCUUCAACUCUCCUCAAAGCAAAACCGACAUACGUCUGUGUUGGUGAUAUUUCGUCGCUCCCUUAUGCAGACGAGCUGGGAUUGUGAACGUAACCUAAAAAGGUCGUAUAGAGUAUUAAUAGGUUCUUUGAGAAUCCACAUACACUUAAAAAAGUUAAAA